UCUCUUUGCUCUGUUGUAUGAUGGCCAGCAUUUGAAAAAGGGACUUUGUCGUGUGUGUGUGUUUAAAUAAUUUUGGGGAUGGCAGACGAGGAUAUUAAUGGAGAUUCUGAUGAGGUGCAGCAGGAGAAAUCACAGAAAAAAGCUGCCAAGUAUGAUAGUGGAGCUGCUGACCUCGAGAGAGUGACGGAUUAUGCAGAGGAAAAGGAGAUAUCCUCGUCUGAUGGAUUCUCCAAUGCACUUAGCAUAAUUGGAGAUCGGCGGAAUAAGGAAGCAGCUGAAAAAAAGGCCAAGGAGAAGGAGUUAUUGAAAGUUUCUAUUAAAAAGGAAGACGUUGAUCUCAUUAUGGGAGAGAUGGAAAUAAAUAGGAAUCUAGCUGAAAGAACUCUCAGGGAACACAGGGGUGAUGUUGUUCAGGCCCUUAUAACAUUAACCAAUUGAUAAGAAUCGCCACAACUCGCAGUAAUUCAUUUAAUUGAAUAAAUAAACUCUCUACUUUGUUAAGAAUCAAAAGUGAGCCAACAACUCGAGGACGCAAAUUCCAGAUGUGAAUAUUUAUUAAUAAUAACGAGGUACACAUCAGA